AUGAUGAGCUCUCGCUCCGUAGCCAAGGUCGUAGUUGCUGCAGCGAUUGGAUAUGUGGCCUAUCGUGGUGUACUUUCUUUUUUCAAAAAUGAGAUCACACUAAGCAUCAGCGAGGUAGUUCACAUGUCCGAUGGGCAAUGCCGGCAAGAGAUUGGUGAUCAGGUCGCACUUAAAGGGGAGAUUUUGUGCGAGACAUACUUAAUGCGUAGCUACCGUCUUAGCAUGAAGCUCUCCGCCAACAUAAAGGGUGGUACGCUCUCCCUUUCUUCACACGUUCCUUCUCGACAUCGCGUGUUGCAUAUAAAUGAUGUAGGAACUUAUUGUAACGUCGUUCCCUCGUCGGGAAGUAAAAGACGGGAUGGGCUACCAGAUAUCGUAGUCGAUAAUGUGCACGGUAUGGUUGAUUACUGGGAACUAUUGUCGUGUGGGAAUGUGUGCUUCACACCUCCUUGCGUAAGCGAUGAGUCUGUUCUGCGGUAUGAAGGCAAAGUGAGACCUGGUCUCUCCCCUAGCGCCACCAUACGAGACUGCUACUUGCAGACUGAUGAAACGCCAGGGCGUAAGCGUCUGCAUUUUGAUCUGAUAGUCCGCGACACAGUACAUGCUGUUAGCAUCCGUAUCGAACUUCCAAACCGCCGCUGUCAGCUGGUUUUAGUUGACCAUGGUGGCGUGGGCAGCGUUACUCGGUUGAGUAAGGAAGCGUCACACUGUUGGGCGUGGGACAUUCCCCUCUUUGAUCCUCGGGGGGCGAGUCGUGAGAUCCCAACUGCAGCAGAUGAGGCAAGCAUCACAAAACCUGGAUCGUAUCCGCAUGGUGCAAUGCAAGAGACACUUGUGGGCGCACUGGGAAGUGAUCUCCCUGAAUACACACCUUCCGCUUGCACACAUUUCAUGCUCAUUUUUGAAGAACAGGAGGGUGGAGACAAUAGCGAUGCGUCUACAAACUCAGACAUGGACGGGGAAAACGUGGAGGAGGGGUUUGAUGAAUUGAAGGACAGUCCUGAGGGCAGCAGUGAAAUGGUCACCUCAAACCGAGCCCAAAAAGUGAGUAAGAAAGCCAUGAAGCGAGCAGAGCGGUCAAGAAAGAAAGUUACCCAGCGUCAACGAGUCGACGCCAUCCGUACCUCACGUCAGGGAGCAGUGGCGCGCGGCGUCGCAGUAUCUCUGUCAUACAGUGUUUCCGGGCUUGCGUCAGGCAUGGACGUGCGAAGACUACGUACAGUUAGCGAAAGGCCCAAUUGGGCGCCUCACUCUAAUUUUAGCCGCUGGAUUUUGAGUUUCCUCUCGUGGUGUAUUUACAAGCCACGAUUGGGAAAAUUUGCACAUUACACUACAUGGUUUGUGCAAACAGUCGACGUAAUUUCUCUCUGA